AUGGUGAAGAUCAGCGUGCUGCGUGACUGCCUGAACGGCAUCGUCAACGCCGAGAAGCGGGGCAAGCGCCAGGUCCUCGUGCGGCCCAACUCCAAGGUGAUCAUCAAGUUCCUCCAGGUGAUGCAGAAGAAGGGCUACAUCGGCGACCUCGAGAUCAUCGACGACCACCGUGCUGGCAAGGUCGUGGUGGACCUGAUCGGGCGCAUCAACAAGUGCGGGGUCAUCUCGCCGCGCUUCGACGUCGCCCUCGGAGGCAUCGAGCAGAUCGCCAGCGACCUGCUGCCCUCCCGGCAGUUCGGGCACGUCGUGCUGACGACGCCCUACGGGAGCUCGCGGCGGCGGGCCAUGGCAGCCCCAGGCGGCGGCGACGGCAGCCCGCCGCCCUUGCCUGGCGGCGGCUCGCCGGGCGCGGGCGAGGCGCUCGUGCAGGGCGACCCGCUGGGCGCCGGAGUGCCGCGCGGCGGCGGCACGCUGGGCGCCUGCGGCGCCGAGGGCGGCGUGGUGCUGCGGGGCGGCCUGGGCGCCGAGGGCGCCGAGGGCGGCACCUCCAGGCGGCGGAGGGCGGGCUCGAGGCUCGCCGGCGACGUGGAGAGCCAGGGCGUGCUCAGGGAGAGGCCCGUGGGCGCGGCCGCCGCCGCCGCGGCCGCCGCGGCCGCCGGGGCCGCCGCGACGCCUCUGCGGGGGUGCGCGUGGCGUGACGGGCUGGCGCAGGCGGGGGUGGGCGCGGAGUCGGAGCCGCUGGCGCGUGGCCGUCGGCUGCCGCUCCGGCGGUCCUGCCCGCCGCGGCCGAGAGAGGCCUCAGCCGGAGAGCAGGGCUUCUACGCCAGGCACGUGCCGCAGGAGGUGAAGGGCCUCUACCUCGUCAAGUUCGCGGUCAGCCUCGCGGCCUCCUACCUGGGCAUCCAGCUUCUCAGCACCUUCGCCGAGGUGCUGCUCCCGUUCAUCUUCGCGGUCCUCUGCAUGAUGAUCCUGGACCCCCUGAAGGUGUUUAUCAUGCGAGUUCUCCAGAGGCUGGCGGUGAAAGCCUUCGACGCGCUCGGGCUGAAGGCCUGUCUGGAGCUCUCCGGCGUUCCCGGCCGACCCCAGGGGAGCCUCGAGGCCAUUGGCGCGAGGGAGGAGGAGUAG